AUGGCCAGAGCCACAACAGUCCAAGAUGUCAUUAUCACACCGGUGGCAUUUCAUGACAUGCCGCUGUUGAAUAGCGUGGGUGUACAUGAACCAUUUGCUUUGCGUAGUAUCAUCGAGGUGAUCACAGAGGAUAGCUAUGGACUGGGGGAGUCCUAUGGAGAUUCGACCCAUCUAGCGAGGCUUCGGAAAGCGGCGAAGCAGAUCAAAGGCCUCUCGGUCUACAGCACCAAUUCCAUCUACAAGGUGUGUGUUGAUUCUCUGGUAGAUGAUACCAGUACGGGCGGAGAUGGGAUGGCUGGCAUGGUAACCACGGCAUCGGCCGCUGACAAAGUGUUUUCUCCUUUCGAAGUCGCAUGUCUCGAUAUUCAGGGGAAGCUGGCAGGUCUGCCAGUAAGCGAUCUGCUCGGCGGACGUGUCAGGGACAAUGUGCAAUACUCGGCGUAUCUAUUCUACAAGUGGGCUGGACAUCCUGGACAACCGGAUGACGAGUACGGGGUUGCCCUGGAUCCCGAAGGUGUGGUCAAUCAAGCACGGAAGAUGAUUGAUGAGUAUGGUUUCAAGGCUAUCAAACUCAAGGGUGGAGUCUUUCCACCGGCCCAAGAGGUGGAAGCUAUGAAAGCCUUACAUGCCGCAUUUCCUGGAGUGCCACUUCGCCUCGAUCCUAAUGCUGCGUGGACGGUAGAGACCUCGAUAUGGGUGGCAAAGGAGUUGGAAGGUAUUGUGGAAUACUUGGAGGAUCCUGCGCCAGAAAUCGAGGGAAUGGCUGCAGUAGCCAAAGCAGCUCCUAUGCCACUGGCCACAAAUAUGGCAGUUGUCGCAUUUUCUCACCUCCCUGCCAGCAUUCUCCAAGAUGCAGUCCAGGUCAUUCUAUCUGACCAUCACUUCUGGGGAGGACUGCGAAAAUCUCAGACACUAGCAGCAAUAUGUGCGAUAUGGGGGAUGCGACUGUCGAUGCACUCAAACAGCCAUUUGGGCAUCUCAUUAGCGGCCAUGACACAUCUGGCAUCUGCAACAACCAACCUUGAUUAUGCUUGCGACACGCACUGGCCAUGGAAGCGGCGUGACGAGGAUGUCAUAGUCGAUGGCGCUCUGAAAUGGGUCGAUGGAGGCGUCGAGGUGCCCACCGCUCCAGGACUGGGGAUCGAAUUGGACAGACAGAAACUGGCACAUCUUCAUCAACAAUAUCUCGAUUGUGGGCUACAGAAGCGAGACGACACCACCUACAUGCAAAGGUUCCAGCCGGAAUUUUCAGCCAAAAUACCAAGGUGGUAG